AUGCCUUUGGACGGAGUCAAAAACGUCGUGCUGGUUCUCUCCGGCAAAGGAGGCGUCGGCAAAUCCUCUGUCACCCUCCAGCUCGCGCUGGCACUCUCCCUCCAAGGCAAAUCCGUGGGCAUCCUCGACAUCGACCUGACCGGACCCUCGAUCCCGCGCCUCGUCGGCCUCGAAGAUGCUAAGAUCACCCAAGCCCCAGGCGGGUGGUUACCCGUCGAUGUGCACCCCUCCUCAACCUCAACAGACACUUCACAAUCACAAUCACAAGCACAAUCGCCGCGUGGCUCCCUCCGCUGCAUGUCCCUAGGCUUCCUCCUCCGUGACCGCGGCGACGCAGUCAUCUGGCGCGGCCCCAAAAAGACCGCCAUGAUCCGGCAAUUCCUCUCGGACGUCUAUUGGGGUCCCACUGAUUACCUGCUGAUUGACACGCCACCGGGAACAAGCGACGAGCACAUCGCGCUCGCAGAGCAGCUCCUCACCCUCUCCACCGCCGACGCGGCCACUGCGUCCCAGAAUCAUAUUCCCCGCCUCGCGGGCGCGGUGCUGGUCACCACGCCGCAGGCGGUUGCGACAUCGGACGUCCGCAAGGAGGCUAAUUUCUGCGUGAAGACUAGCAUCCCCGUGUUGGGGGUUAUUGAGAAUAUGUCGGGAUAUGCGUGUCCGUGCUGUGGAGAAGUGAGUAAUUUGUUCUCGAGUGGUGGGGGGCGAGGUUAUGGCCAGGGAAUUGGGGAUUCCAUUUCUGGGGAGAGUCCCUGUUGA